AUGGAAUUCGCUAUGAAUGAAGCCUUGAUACUCCAACCACUAGCGUUUAAUGCCGUGGUGGCUGGAGAGGCGGAUGAAGGCGUCAAAAUUGUGGACCCCUCCAAAGGCACCGUGCAGGUUCGAUUACGUUUCCCAAAGGCCCAAACUGUUGUUAUUAAAACCCCAGAGAAAGAAUACCCAUUAAUGAAACUUGAUGAUGGUAUAUGGAUGGCUACUUUCUCUCUCCCUAUUGGCUUCCAAUACAUAUUUAUUCUUGUUGAUGAUGCUGACGUUAUAUCACCAUUCUUACCCAUUGGGUUUGGCUACUCAAGACCUAUCAAUUACAUUGAAGUUCCACCACCAACGAAGGAAAAGGAAAGCCUUUAUUAUUUAAUGCAAUUGGAUAUUAAUCAUGGAACGGUAGCGCAUGAAUUUUUUCAAUCCAAAGUAACUGGAAGAAUGGAAAAACUUCUUGUCUACCUACCUCCAUCGUAUCAUUUGGGAAGUGAUAAGUAUCCCGUUCUCUAUCUUCAGCAUGGACAUGGCGAAAAUGAAAAUGGCUGGGUGUACCAAGGAAAGGUAAAUAUUAUUGCCGAUAAUCUUAUAGCAGAAGGAAAAAUGCGUGAGAUGAUUAUCGUUUUUGGAAAUGGUAUGGUUCGUGUAAACGGAAAGGAUUUGGAUGCCGUGAAAUAUUGUGAUGUGCUCGUUGAAGAUGUCAUUCCAUUUGUAGAAAAACGGUUUCGUGUUCAUGCAGAUCGUGAGAAUCGUGCUGUUGCUGGACUUUCUAUGGGGUCUAUGCAAGCAAGUUACGUUUCACUUCUACAUCAGGAACUUUUCGCAUGGGUUGGUCUUUUUUCAGGUUUUCUUCGUUUUUUUCACCUUGCUGAAACCAAGGAACACUUGGAAGUCCUUAAGCGUGAUGUGGAAGGUUUUAAAAAGAAUAAUCGUCUCUUCUUUCGUUGUAUGGGUAGGGAAGAUGAGUUUUUCCCUAAAUUUCUUGAAGAUGAUGUUAUUCUUGAAGAAAUAGGAGUUACAACUAUGAGAGUUCUUUAUAACGGUCGUCAUGUGUGGCAAGUUUGGCGUGAGGCUGCAAGGGACUUUCUGCCACUACUUUUUAAACCACAGUAG